AUGGCAAACUCCUAUUCGGCAGCAGGCAGCGAGGGUAGCAUCUCCACCUCAGUGGCGUCCCUGCCUCCGCUGGCUUCGAGCAGCUCGGCCCCUAGCUCCCCCGGCUCCAAGCGCUCCGUCAGCACAUUAAAGAAAUGGCUCACAAACCCCGUUCGCAAGCUCAGUGCUGGGGCCACAGCCAAAGGAGAGCGUCAGAUUCGCAAACUGGAGGGAAAGCCUCCACCUCUUCCAUCCCACAGUCAAAGCCAGGAUCUGGGCAGCUCCUUGAGGUCUGACGAGCCUCUCACAAUUCUGCCUGUCACACAUACAGAACUGGAGUGGAAAGAUGGCCUGGCUAGCCCUGAGGAUCUGUCGCCGGCGACACUCCAGUCCCCUGGUUACAUAACCGACUCGCUGAUUGGCUGCAAAUCGCUGCCUCACACGCAGGACACUCUGGACACUCAGUCUACCUCUGUUGUACCAGAGGACAGCGGCUCCAUCCUGAUGGAUGACACUUCAAGUCAAUGGUCUUCAGUGGCUGACACAGAGGAGGAAAGGAAGAGUGCACUGGAGAAAAGUUUGUAUGUACUGAAGGAGCUUAUUGACACGGAGAAGCAUUAUGUAGCAGACCUGGGCCUCAUAGUGGAGGGCUACAUGGCCACUAUGAACUCCAAAGGUAUACCGGAGGACAUGAAGGGAAAAGACAAGAUUGUUUUUGGAAACAUUCACCAAAUAUUUGACUGGCAUAAAGACUACUUCCUGGGAGAGCUGGAGAAGUGUGUGGUAGAGCCAGAGCGACUGGGUCAGCUCUUCAUUAAACAUGAGAGGCGUCUGCAUAUGUACGUUGUGUACUGUCAGAACAAACCCAAGUCAGAGCACAUUGUCUCAGAGUACAUUGAAAGCUACUUUGAGGAGUUGCGUCAGCAGCUGGGUCACAGGCUGCAGCUCAAUGACCUACUCAUCAAACCCGUCCAGAGGAUCAUGAAGUACCAGCUGCUGCUCAAGGACUUCCUGAAGUAUUACACUAAAGCUGGGAUGGACACCGAGGAGUUGGAGAAAGCAGUAGAAGUAAUGUGCUUUGUGCCAAAACGUUGCAACGACAUGAUGAAUGUUGGCCGACUCCAAGGCUUCGAGGGGAAGAUCACAGCCCAGGGGAAGCUGCUCCAGCAAGACACCUUCACUGUUACUGAGCAGGACAGCAGCUUCCUAUCCCGAGCCAAGGAAAGAAGGGUCUUCCUGUUUGAGCAGCUGGUCAUCUUCAGUGAGCCAAUUGACAGGAAAAAGGGCUUCUCACUCCCAGGGUACAUCUUUAAGAGUAGCAUUAAGGUAAGCUGCCUGGGGGUGGAGCCCGCUGUGGAAGGUGAUGACGCACGCUUUGUGUUGACAUCGCGCAAUCCUGAUGGAAGUGUGGUACGCUUCCAGUUGCUGGCCUCCUCCGCAGAGACGUGCAGAGCCUGGGUUGACGAUGUUGUUCAGAUCUUGGAGACGCAACGCAACUUCCUCAAUGCCUUACAGUCCCCUAUUGAGUACCAACGGCGAGAAAGCAAGUCCAAUAGUUUGGGUCGCUGCAUGAGACCACCUGUGUCAACCACCAGUGCCCUGAGGCCCCACUCAUCAGCUUCCAUCGACCGCCACAAGUUACCCUCUCUCCAUUCCCAUAACACCUCUCUGCCUGCCCUUCAUCUGCCAAGUCAAGGCCCAGCUCGAGGACCCAGUGAGACCUACUUACUAAAUGACCCCGUUGUGGUCCAACCAUGCCCUCCUGACUCUAUUUCUCCAUCGCACAUUCAAUUGAACCUGUCCAAUUCUCCCAGCUAUCCUACGGUUACAAACGGGCUAUAUACACCAGCCGCACAAACUACACAGCAAAGAGCGGGCGAUGGCUGCCGCAGGGGUCAAGACUGUGGAAGCCAGGCUCCAUUUUCGGGUCCCCUGGCCGGACGACGCCCGAGCAACUUGGGUCAGCUUGCAGAAGAUGAAUUAUGA